AUGAGUUCCAUGAUGAAAAAAAAGUUCCGUUCGCAGGCGAGUCAGGCGAGAUACGAAAAGACGCUCGCGGGUAGAUACGAGAAGUUGUACCGCAAACACCACCUCUGGGUAUUUGGCAUACCGUUUAUCGCUGCCCUCGUGGGCGGUUCCUUCUUAUUGUCAAACUUCACGGCUACCCGCUACGAGCAACAUGAUCAGAAGGUGCGGGAAGUGGACGAAGAGACCCAGUUGUCUAUCUUGGGGAACAGAAAGCCGGUAGACAUGAAGGAACAGUAUUACCAGCUCCAGGGCUUGAUGGAGGAGCACCAGGACUGGGAACCGAAGCGUGUGCCGAGGUUGGAAGGGGAGUCGGAGAAUAAGUGGUAGAUGGCCAAGAGACUUGAUUAUAUUCCAUUUGGCCAGUACCCAAGUGUCGUAUUUGGGUAAGACGAUAUUCACAUUGUCGUGACCGAGCUAGCAUAUCUGGAAAACCCCUGAUUACAUGAGAGCUGAGUAGUUUUCUAUGGCCCUCUCGGUGUAUCCUCCAGAUCAUUAGUGUUGUUUCACUAUAGCUGGUGGAAUCCUUUGUGUCGUUUCACCAUAGUUCUGUUGAAAUCCUUUGUGCUGUCUUGCUAUAGCUCCGGUGAAAGUGCCUUGCAGCCUUUUUCAUAUUUGAUAUCCUAUAUCUACAGAAAUGGGUUUUGUACCAUUUUCCAACUCUUGAUUUUCGUAGUCCCACCCCCUUGAUGGUACCUAUUCCACCCCCCCACUUUUGUGACGAACCAUUAUUUCCCCAUCUUUGUACAUACUCUAUUUCUAACGAAUACACGAUCUUUU